UUGGAUCGGAAAACAGACCCCGCCUCCGUGAAGCUAGACAAGUAUGCAAUCCAUGCCAUCACUGGGAUCCUAAAACAAUGGUUACGUGAACUACCUGAGCCUUUGAUGACAUUUGCACUAUACAGCGAGUUCCUAAAAGCUGUGGAGUUGCCAGAGAAGCAAGAACAGCUUUGCACCAUUUACAAAAUUCUUGGACAGCUUCCACAAGCUAACUAUAACACCUUGGAGAGACUUAUUUUUCACCUUGUCAAGGUUGCUCUAUUAGAAGAUGUGAAUCGCAUGUCAACAAAUUCUUUGGCCAUAGUGUUUGCACCCUGCCUGCUUCGCUGCCCAGAUAAUUAUGACCCUUUGACCAGCAUGAAGGAGGUCUCAAAAGCUACCGCAUGUGUGGAGAUGUUAAUUAAAGAACAGCUAAGACAAUAUAAAAUCAAAAUGCAGGAAAUUGGCCUUCUUGAAGCCGCAGAGACACGCGCAGUUUGCAGACUCUCCCUUCUAAGGCAAAACACAGCAUGGCCUGGUCAUUUACGAUUUAUUUCCCCUAUUGAUGGCUUCCUGAGCAAGAGCCCAUCUCCUAGUGGAAAUGGUUUACCUGAUCUGGAGGCGGUGCAAGAAAAGCAGUUGACAGAUUCUGAAGUGGCCCGUGAAUCAGAUUUCCUGAUAGAGAGGAUACAGUCUAUCAAGGAUGAGAAAGAGGACAUUACUUACCGGCUACCGGAGCUUGAACAACGUGGAUCAGAUGAAGAGACAGUGGACUCUGAAACGUCAAAUAGCACUGAGAGUUUACUGGAUGAUAGACCUGUUCAUGUAGAAAAGGAAGCAACAUGUAUGGUGGACUCUGCUGUUAAGCCACAACCAGUUGAGAAUCCCAAACUUCUUCAAACCAAAGCACCUCUCUUCACUUUGUCUGUGCCUCCAGCAACUAUCAAGCGAAGGCCGUCCUCAUUUCUUGCAAAAAUGAGGGGUCCAAGGCGUAACCCUGUCAUGCCAAAUGCCAAUAUAAAAUUGCCUCCUGGGAUAACACAGGCAGUAGACUAUUCUGAGGAGUCCAGUAAUGUUCGGAGAAGAGAGCAACCUGGGAGGAGAACAGACAGUAUCCAGUCUGUUUAUGUCCCUGAAGGAAGCGAGCUAGGGGCCGCACAGGGAAUGCUAGAAUAUGAACCCACUGCUAAACUUAAACGACGCUUUUCAGACCCUCACUUCCAGAUUCCCUGCUCAGAGGAGUCCAGCCUCUAAAACAUUCUCUGAUUAGCAAUGCAAAA